AUGACUUGGGCGCUCGGCAUCGAGGGGCACAGGGAUGACUCACUUGUAGUGUGGAAGGAGGUGGACCUUACCCGGCUGUCAGAAAAGGAGCGUCGUGAUGCUUUGAACGAAAUUGUUAUCCUUGCCCUGUUGCAGCAUGAGAACAUCAUCGCGUACUACAAUCACUUCAUGGAUAACACCACGCUGCUGAUUGAGCUGGAGUACUGUAAUGGAGGGAACCUCUACGAUAAGAUUCUGCGGCAGAAAGACAAGUUAUUUGAAGAAGAGAUGGUGGUUUGGUAUCUCUUUCAAAUUGCAUCAGCUGUGAGCUGCAUUCAUCGAGCAGGAAUUCUUCACAGAGAUAUAAAGACAUUAAAUAUCUUUCUAACCAAGGCAAACCUGAUUAAAUUGGGAGACUAUGGGUUGGCAAAGAAGCUGAACUCUGAGUACUCUAUGGCUGAGACUCUGGUAGGAACUCCAUAUUACAUGUCACCAGAACUCUGCCAGGGUGUGAAAUACAACUUCAAAUCAGAUAUUUGGGCUGUGGGCUGUGUCAUCUUUGAGCUGCUUACUCUGAAGAGGACCUUUGAUGCUACUAAUCCCCUGAACCUUUGUGUGAAGAUAGUACAGGGAAAUCGAGCCAUGGAGGUUGAUUCCACUGUCUAUUCCCGGGAGCUGAUCCAGAUGGUGAAUUCCUGCCUUGAUCAGGAUCCAGAGAAGAGACCCACAGCAGAUGAACUGCUUGAACAUCCCCUUCUCAGCAAACGCAGGAGGGAGAUGGAAGAGAAAGUCACACUGCUUAAUGGGCCAAAUAAGCGACCAAGGUCAAGUACCAUGAAUGAGGCUCCCAUUGCAGUGGUGACUUCACGCACUAGUGAGGUGUAUGUCUGGGGAGGCGGGAAGUCCACCCCCCAGAAGCUGGAUGCCAUCAAAAGUGGCUGCAGUGCACGCCAGGUGUGUGCUGGUAACACUCACUUUGCUGUGGUGACAGUGGAGAAGGAGCUCUACACCUGGGUGAAUAUGCAGGGAGGCACCAAGUUGCACGGGCAGCUGGGACAUGGAGACAGAGCCUCCUACCGGCAGCCAAAGCAUGUUGAGAAGCUUCAGGGAAAAGCCAUUCGCCAGGUGUCCUGUGGAGAUGAUUUCACAGUGUGCAUCACGGAUGAGGGCCAGGUGUAUGCCUUUGGCUCUGACUAUUAUGGAUGCAUUGGCAUUGACAAGGCUUAUGGCUCUGAAGUGCUUGAGCCCCUGCAGCUGGAUUUCUUUCUCACCAACCCUGUGGAGCAGGUCUCAUGUGGAGAUAAUCAUGUGGCAGUGCUGACCAGGAACAGAGAAGUCUACACGUGGGGCUGUGGAGAGUAUGGGCGCUUGGGCUUGGAUUCAGAAGAAGAUCACUACACCCCUCAGAAGGUUGAUGUUCCAAAGACUUUAAACAUUGUGUCCGUUCACUGUGGCUGUGAUGGGACUUUCCUGCUCACGCAGACAGGCAAAGUGUUGGCAUGUGGACUGAACGAGUUCAACAAACUGGGCCUGAAUCAGUGCACAUCAGGGAUAAUCAAUCAUGACACGUACUGUGAGGUGCCAUAUGCCACUUCCCUUACUUUGGCCAAGCAGCUGUCCUUCUACAAGAUCCGUACCAUUUCUCCAGGGAAGACACACACAGCUUCCAUUGAUGAGCGAGGCCGCCUGCUGACGUUCGGCUCCAACAAGUGCGGACAGCUUGGUGUUGGGGACUAUAAGAAGCACCUGGGAAUUAACCUGCUGGGAGGCCCCUUGGGGGGUAAGCAGGUGAUCAGGGUUUCAUGUGGAGAUGAAUUCACCAUAGCAGCUACUGACGACAACCAUAUCUUUGCCUGGGGUAAUGGUGGGAAUGGCCGUCUGGCAAUGACAUCGACCGAGAGAGCUCAUGGCUCGGAUAUCUGUACCUCGUGGCCUCGGCCAAUAUUUGGAUCGUUGCAUCAUGUUCCAGACCUGUCAUGCCGUGGCUGGCACACCAUCAUCAUUGUCGAAAAGGUGUUGAACUCUAAAACAAUUCGAUCCAACAGCAGUGGCCUGUCCAUUGGUACUGUGGCUCAGAGCUGCACAACUGGAGGAGGAGAGGAAGAGGAUAAUGAACAGGAAGUGGAGACUCCCAAUCCCAGUGGAGGCUUUCGGGGAACCAUGGAAGCAGAUCGUGAGUUGGGGGGCUGGAUCAGCACCACAGAAGCUAAGGGAGGCAACAGUGCUGACAGCAGCUCCUGCCCUGGCUGGCUGCGGAAGGAGCUGGAGAACGCUGAAUUCAUCCCCAUGCCUGACAGCCCCUUUCCUCUAAGCAUGGCAUCUUCAGAGCCCGAGAAAGAGACACUCCCUUAUCAGAAACUUCAAGGACUCAAAGUGGCUUCUGAAGAACCUGUUGGAUUAAACAGGCCCAAAACGGAGCCCUGGCCUACUUGCCUGAGUCCAACCCUGCCAUGCGGUGAAGGGAAAGCUGCAUCUCCCGUUGCAGGCUGCAUGUGCAGUGCUCUGCAAAUGGAGGUGACACACCUCCGAGGCCUGGUUUUACAGUGUCUGGAUGAUCAGAAGAAGCUGCAGCAGGAAACUGUUCGUCUGAGUACCCAACUCCAGCUGUUCUGCAGGGGGACGGAGGGAAUGCAGCAGGUGGAGGUUCAUUCCAAAGGAACACAGACAGCCAAAGAGGAGAUGGAAGUGGAUCCGAAACCUGACUUGGAUUCAGAUUCCUGGUGUCUCCUGGGAACGGACUCGUGCCGCUCCAGCCUCUAGUCUCCUGAGCCCACUGGGAUCCAUCUAACUUCACAGCACACUAACCGAAUGCAGAGAGCGGCUUUCCUGGCUUCAGGUCACUCGCAGACAAGGAGCGAGGCCGGAGGCUCCAGAGCAGCACCCAUGUACGUUUGAUAUGAACUAGGAGUGAGUUUGAGAGGGGAAGGGCCCCCGAGCUCUAGGCCAGCUCAGUGAUUGAAGCAGCAGCAGCUCCUCUUUGUACCUUAUCUGUCAAUUCUGCACGUGAGGCAGAACGGCCCCAUUACAGCGAUGGCUCCAGUAGCGGCUUGUGGCCCUUUCAUUGUUUCACUGCUUCCUGGGAGCUGCCUUUGGGACCCCAGUAUUCAUCACUGCAUCUCUAGAUGAGAGGAGGAGACGUGUUUUGUACUGAAGCUGGCUGAACCCUAAGACUCGCCACCUUCACUUCAGAGGGGUGAAGGACUAGGAUCCUCUCCCUGC